CAGCAACGUCAUCUGACGGAGUCGGACACAUUUCGUCGCUGCACAGCGCAGGCUAAACAACAAACCCGAGCGGCGCUGCGGCGCUUCUUCACGUCGGAUGUUAGUGAAACAGGCGUUAAUUCCCGACAUGUCGCAAUAUUAAGAUGCGGAGAAGGUCACGGGAUCGCAGUGUAAUGGGGUUUUGUAAUACACUGAAGAACGCGGAAGGAAACCUGGACUGAUUGAGAAGAUCGUUCCUCGGUCAGGAUGCCCGGGAUGGUGGUGCUCGGACGCCGGUGGCGGAUCGCCAGCGAUGAUCUCGUGUUUCCCGGAGCCUUCGAGCUGUUCAUCAGAGCUGUGUGGUGGAUCGUGACUUUAGUUCUCUACACUAACCACAAGGGAAGAUUUGACUGUCAGGGUGGAGCGAAUCUGCAUAAUUACCUCGUAGUUCUUCUGGUUCUGUUGGCCGUCAUCAUCUCGACUCUGUGUGCUGUCGUGUAUUUCAGCGCUCAAGGAACCAUCAUGAGUCCGGGGCCCCGGCGCUGUGUGCCAGCUCUGGUGUGUGUGCGCGCGCUGCUGUACGCCCCUGAGCUCGUGUGGGCGUGUCUGGGGGCCGCCUGGGUGACGCACUACAGCACGGGCUGCGAGCCCGCGGAGGUCCGCUUUGUGAUCGGAGCUGUGGUGUCCAGCUGGAUUAUUCUGCUGUCUAUGGUGGUCGGCGUGCUGGUCGUGUUCGAUCCUCUGGGCAGUGUGCGGCCGGGCGCUCUGCCGGACGUCCCGCUGGACACGGGGGAUCGGGAGGGCAGCACGUCGUCUCAGCUCUUCUACACGGCGCACACGGUGGCGUCGAGGGUUUGGGAGAGCCGUCUGCGUCUGCUGUGCUGCUGCGUGCCUCAAGACGACAACCACCGCGCCGCCUUCUCCAGCAUCGCUCAGCUCGUCAGCGGCUUCUUCCUGGACACAGACCUGGUUCCCAGUGACAUCGCCGCCGGUCUUUCUCUUCUGCAUCAGGAGCAGGACAAAGUGGAGCGCUGCCGGGACCCUGAAGAGGUGGUGUCCCAGAGCCCGUCCCCCCCGAUAAGGGAGGAUCUGGAGCUGGAGCUUGAGAAGGCCACUCAUUAUAUGCAGUUUGCAGCAGCGGCGUACGGAUGGCCGCUGUACGUCUACUCUAACCCGCUCACGGGGAUCUGCAAACUCUGCGGAGACUGCUGUCGAAGCCAUCACGUGGAGCACGACCUGGUCGGAGGAGAGCACCUGGGAUGCCACUUCAGCUCCAUCCUCCAGAGCACAGGCCUGCAGUACAGAUACUAAAAAAACAACAACUUUAAAAAAAAAUACUUCAUGAUACUGUUUCAUGAUACUAUCUACGAGAUCCCAUUUUUCGUGGCGCUGGAUCACAAGAGAGAGGCGGUGCUGGUGGCGGUGAGGGGCACGCUGUCUCUGAAGGAUGUGUUGACGGAUCUCUCGGCUGAAUGUGAGGAUCUGUGUGUGGAAGGCGUUUCAGGAACCUGCUACGCUCACAAGGGCAUUUCUCAAGCGGCACACUACAUCUACAAGAGACUGGUGACGGAUGGGAUUCUGAGCCAGGCGUUCAGCGUGGCUCCGGAGUAUGAGCUGCUGAUCUGUGGUCACAGUCUGGGAGCCGGAGCCGCGGCUCUGCUGGCCGUCCUCCUGCGCAGCACACACCCCACACUCCAGUGCUACGCCUUCUCUCCACCAGGGGGCCUGAUGAGUAAAGCGCUGGCCGAUUACUCCAAGCAGUUCGUGGUCUCGGUGGUGCUGGGGAAAGACCUUGUACCCAGACUGAGUAUCCCUAACAUGGAAGACUUGAAAAGAAGAUUGCUACAAAUGGUAUCUAACUGCAGUAAACCGAAGUAUAAGAUCUUGAUGCACGGCUGCUGGUACGAGCUGUUUGGAGGAGCUCCUGAUGAUUUCCCAACGGAGCUGGAGUCCCGGCGCGAGGAGAUGCUUCAGCAGCCGCUGCUGGGCGAGGAGAGUCUGUUAGUUCGGCGCUCGAGCACCUAUCAGAGCCUGUGCUCUGACGAGUCGCCCCCCCGCCCCACACACCUGCCCCUGUUCCUGCCGGGACGCAUCCUGUACAUCACAGAGGACGGGCCCACACGCAGACACUGCUUCUCUCAGGUGAGAUACCGUGCCGAGUGGUCGAGCGAGGCCUCGUUCCGUAAUGUUCUGAUCAGCCCGCGGAUGAUCGCCGAUCACAUGCCUGACGUGGUUCUGCGGGCGCUGCGCAGUCUGACCCACGAACACCCGUUUGCUCUCUGCUCGUCCUCCACGAGCAACAGCCACCUGAACGUCAUCUGAGCUCCUCACAGCACUGUCGGGACUCGGAGAGAGAGUUACCGGACUCCGCUUUUAUUUUACCUGUUCAUCUCUGCAUCUAUACUCCCGUUAGCCUGCCUGCUUUUUAAAGGCUUCAUGAACUGACAUAUAUUCCCGUCGUGUGACACUGUUUUUAAUCCUGUGUUGUUCGGCUGUAAGAGUUCCUUUCGUUUUUGUGUUUGUUCAAGAUGAGCCAUUAAGAAAAUGUCAGUAUCAUCAGUGUUUUGUGACGUUUCGAAAACGCCGUCUGAGAUUUGGAUGCAUGGCACCAGACGCAUGACAACACUUCUUCUGAUGUAGACGAGACUCUUCAUUUACUCCACUGCAGCCUUUUCUGGUUUUAUCAGCAUAUCAUGCGCUUUUCCAAAAUAAAAAUGCUGAGGAAGA